AUGGGUUUCGCAAGCAAAUUCAAGACCAAGAGCACCGUCUCGGAAGUCGCCUCUGGCGUCGACCGCACCGAGAGCAACCCCCAAAAUGAUGUCGCCCACGCCGACUUCCACCUUCGCCGCAUGAAGGAUCAGCAUCGAUGGGAUCCCUUCAUGGACCACGAAAAGAUUGACAGUGUCGAGAGAGCCAUUGCCUCUGGCGACCCCGAAAAGGAGGCCGCCGUCGAAGAGUCCAUCCUCCACGACGAUUCGCCCUAUCUGGAAGUCCGCUCCUCGGUCAAACCUACCGACGACCCGAGCGAGUAUGUCGAUACCGUUCGUGCCUGGGUCAUUGGCUUCGUCAUCUGCACCGUUGUCGGCUCCAUCAACGUCCUCCUCUACGAGCACUACCUCAUGGUCUCCAUCACCAGCUCCGUCGUGCAGCUGAUUGCCUACCCCCUCGGCACUUCCUGGGAAAGGUUCAUGCCAAAGGCGAGAAUCUUUGGCGUCGAGCUGAACCCGGGCCCCUUCAACAAGAAGGAGCACACCCUCAUCACCAUGAUGGCUGCCGCCGGCACAACCAUUAGCUACUCCAUCUCCAUCCUCAUUGCCCAGCAAAUCUUUUACGGCCAGACCUGGGGAUGGGGCUUCCAGAUCCUCUUGAUCAUGUCCACCCAGGCCAUGGGCUUUGGGCUGGCCGGUGUUAUGCGCCGCUUCUUGAUUUGGCCCGCUGCCAUGGUUUGGCCCGCCGUUCUCAUCACUUGCUCCGUCAUGGACGGUCUGCACUCUCGAGGUAGCGCAGAGCCCGUCCACGGAUGGACCAUGGGUCGAUACAAGUUCUUCAUGGUUGUGGCUGGCGCUACGUUUAUCUGGUCUUGGAUUCCCAACACCAUUGCCCCAUUCGUUGGAAGCAUUGGACUGUUCCCCACGUGGAUUGCCCCCAACAAUGUUGUGGUCAACCAGGUCUUUGGUGGCCGAAAUGGUCUGGGCUUCAUUCCUGGCACUCUUGACUGGAGCGGCGUUGCCGGCUUCUUUGGCAACCCGAUGCAGUUCCCCUCCUUUGCCCUGUGGAACAGCCUCUUUGGCGCGCUCCUCAUCCUCGUCUGCGGUUACGGCGUGGCCUAUGGCGGUGCUGAAUUUUACCGCUACCUCCCGCUGAGCGCCAACAAGAACUUUGAUCACUUUGGCAAGGUAUACAACACGACGCGGAUUCUGAACAAGGACCUGACGCUCAACGUGGCCGCAUAUGAAGCCUAUUCGCCGCUGUUGAUUGGCCCCGUCUUCACCAUGGCCUAUGCGUUGGGAUUCGCCGCUCUCAUGUCCACCGUCGUUCACGUUGCUCUCUUCUACGGAAAAGACAUCUGGAAACGCACCAAGAAUUCCAAGUACGAAGAGCCCGACGUGCACCUGAGGCUUAUGAGGAAGUAUCCCGAGGUUCCUGAAUGGUGGUUCCUGUCAGUCUUUGUCGUUUCCUUUGCUUUCGCCUUGACUGCCUCUCUGGUUUGGGACACCAAACUCACGUGGUGGGGUUUCAUCUUGUGUGUCCUUAUGGGUGUCGUCAUGAUCCUCCCUGUUGGCAUCAUCCAAGCCAUUACGAGUCAGCAAACCGGCCUCAACAUCAUCACCGAGUUCAUUGUCGGAUACAUGCUUCCCGGCAGACCUGUUGCGAUGAUGCUGUUCAAGAGCUGGGGCUACAUGCUCAUGGCCAACGGCCUCAACUUUGUGGCGGAUAUGAAGGUCGGACACUAUAUGAAAGUCCCUCCCAGAUCCAUGUUCCGUGCCCAGUUCUUCGCCGUUGUUUGGCUCUCGCUUGUCCAAAUCGCGACGUUCAACUUUCUUGUGGGCAAUAUCCCCGAGUUUUGCUCUGACGAACAAAAGCAAGGCUUCACUUGUCCGGGCGCCCGUACCUUCUUCAACGCCAGUGUCAUUUGGGGUGUCGUUGGCCCCAAGCGCAUGUUUGGCCCUGGCGCUCUCUUUGCCUGGAUAAACUGGUUCUGGUUGAUUGGUUUUGUAUGCACCUUCGCCCACUGGCUGGUUGCCAAAAGAUACCCCCACAGCAUCGCCCGCUACAUCUACUUCCCCGCCAUCUUUAGCAUUGGCGGCAUGAUCCCUCCCGCGACGCUCUGGAACUUGACCAACUGGCUGCUUGUCGGCUGCCUGUUCAACAUUUGGAUCAGGUACAAGUACAAGAGCUGGUGGUCCCGGUACACGUACGUCAUGGCCGGUGCGCUCGAUGUGGGCAAUGCCCUUUGUAUCGUCUUGUUCGCCUUGGGUCUGGGACUGUCGGCCAAGUCGUUCCCCGAGUGGUGGGGCGUUACUGUUGUUGACCACACCAUCGACGCGACGAGAAAGGCAACGGCGAGGCCCCCUCUGCCAGCUGGUCAAUUUUUCGGACCACCUGCAGGCAGUUGGUAG